AUGGAACAAUGGAAUCACACAUUUUCACCCAUCACACACUUCAUUUUGUCAGGAAUUCCAGGGAUUCAAGAUGAGAGAGGAAGAACUUUGUGUUUUGUGAUUUUCCUUACAAUAUACACAAUCACACUCAUAGAAAACUUAAUCUUUGUUAUUGUAAUAACCUUUGACAAGGCCCUCCACUCCCCGAUGUACCUGUUUAUCUGUAACCUGGCCCUCCUGGACCUUCUUAUUCCUUCAGUUACCAUCCCAGAGGUGCUCUACUAUUUAAUAACAGAUGACAAGUCAAUUGCUUUUGGCCCAUGUGUUAUGCAGAUGGCCUUCCACCUCACCUUUGUAGUAACAGAAAGUUUAUCCUUGGUUGCCAUGGCGUACGAUCGUUACCAGGCCAUAUGCAAUGCAUUGCUUUAUCCCACUGUCAUGACUACCAAGCAUGUCUUUACAUUAUGUGUUUUUUGCUGGACAAUAGGUAUGCUAGGGGCUGUGAUAAGUGCAUACUUUGUACUUACUGCAUUUUUCUGUGGACCAAACAAAAUUGAUUUUUUUUCCUGUGAUUUUUCAACUGUCAUGUCAUUGUCAUGUACUGAUGUCACAUUCCAGAGACAAUACAACAGCAUCCUGUCUGUAGUCAUUAUCUCUUUUCAGCUGUUUUUUAUCCUGUUUUCCUAUGGGAAGAUAAUUGCUGCGGUACUGAGAAUCAGUUCUGCUGAGGGUCAGUGGAAAGCCUUUUCCACCUGUGUCAGCCAUCUUCUUGUUAUAAGUGUCUUCUAUUUGGUUAUGGCUUUUGUCUUAGUGUCUUAUUCAUUACCAGGGUUUUCUGAACAACUCCGUACUUUGGCGGCCAUGUUGCAUAACAUACUCCCUCCUCUGGUCAAUCCAGUCAUUUACUGUUUAAAAACAAAGGAAAUCAGGAUAAGUAUUGUAAAGAUGCUCAUGAAAUUCUCAAUGGGACAGCUCACUAAUGUUAUGAAAAAAACAGUUACACAAAGGGAGACUGUAAAAACAGGAAUAACAAACAAACCAGACCAACCGGUCAGCAUGGAGGAAAUUAAAUCAGCACUGUUACCUAUUCAAGAAGCCUUAAAAGAUUUAUCAACACAAAUGCUUACGUUUAGUGCCACAUGUAAUCAGAUUUUGGAAAGGAUGGAUAAAUCAGAAACCAGAAUAGCUGAAAGUGAGGAUAAAAUAAUUAUGCUUACGAAAAAAACAGACUUUCAUGAUGCAGACAUCCAAACCAUGCAAAAUAAAAUUUUAGACCUGGAAGCAAGAUCCAGACGGAAUAAUAUAAUAAUCAGAGGAAUUCCAGAAACAAUUCAGUACAAUGAUCUGAAUGCUACCAUAAUGCAAAUACUCGAAACACUGUUCAAAGACUCUGAUAGUGUUAAACAGAUUGUUAUAGAAAGAGCACAUAGAGCUAUCAGAGAAUCAUUUGCUUCAAAUGCACCUAGACCAGUCUACAUCAAAAUUCUGAAUUAUCAAGAUGCUAGCAAAAUACUGCUAUUAAAAAGAAUGGUGGAUCUAUCAUCUGGCAAAAUAACAAAAUUUCCAUGA